AUGGCGGCUUCUCUGAUUCGCGGCUCGAGUCUCUCGCCGCGAGGACCCGCCCGCCGGGGUCUCUUGGGGCUUUAUCCCGGCUCGGCCGUCGUGUCACCUUCGCUGCCGGCGUCUCUUGCAUCUCAACCGUGUGUCUCUCCGUCGCCCGUCCCCGCGUCUCUCUUUGGCGUUUUCUGCCGGCGGGCGUUCGCCUCGGCGUCGGACUUUGACCUGCCGCUCCGCUCUUCGCGGACGACGGUUACAGCCUCUGAGAAGCGUCGCGCAGGCGCCCCCCUCGCCGCGAGCUCGUCCGCCUCCUCGGCAGCGGCAGAUCCCGACCUGCAUGCGGGGGGGGACGAUGCUGCCCCCGGAGGUGGCGAGGGCGCCGCCUCGCUGCGGAGUGUCGGCGAGGCUGCGCAGGCCGCUGCGGCGCCCGGCCGCAGGACGCGGAAGGCGCUGAAUCUGCCUGAUCACUUCCCCGUUCUCCUCACCAGUCUGGCAUACGACCCUGCCAACCUCCAUCACGCAGCUGCGCGCGCAGUCACGCGGCAAGCCGGCGCGGGUGGCCUCGAAGGCGCAGCGGCGGAGUCGCUGAAGCCCGUCCAACAGCCGUUUCUUUUCCUGGAUCCCGUCGGCGUCUACAUGCCGGUCCUCGAACACUGCAGCCAGGCGCCGUCUCGCGCCGCCGAGGCCGAGGGUGAGGGAGACGCCGGCGUCGGCGUGGAGGAUAUUGGGCGCUUGCGGAUUUUUGACAGACACCGCCUCGUGGAGUUGCUCCCCGAGGGCCUCGCAGGCGAGCUGCCGCGCGACAUCGAAAUGAUUCCCUCGGCGACGAGUCCCGUCGGCGUGAUGCUGCGGAAGGCGACGCUGGAGCUUCAGUUGCAACUUGAGCACUUUGCGAGGGCGGCGGCGAGUCCGCGCGCAGCGGCCUCACCCCGCGACCUUCAGCAGCGACUGAGGGAGAGGCCGCAGGACGCUGCGCAGCCGCAGACGGCGGAUGCGGAUACGCGCGAAGACGCCGGCGAGGAAGCACGCCAAGACGCGCAAGAAGAGGCGCCGGAUGUGAAGAAGCGAGAAGACGCCGCGGACGCCUGGAAGCCGCAGCUCGCGAGGCUGAAAAACGACGCGCCGCGCCCGUUUGCUGUGCAGCGAGGCUUCCUCAUCGACGGCCACCGAGGCGUGGGAAAGAGCUGCGUGCUGAACUACUUGAUUCCGUGGGCGAGAGAGAACAGCUGGUUGGUCGUCUACGAGCCGAUGCCGUCUCGAUACGCGCGCGAAAUCGGCGACAUCAAGCGAUCUUCUGCCGGCGUGUACAUACAGUCGACAUUCUCGCAAGAAUUUCUUGAGCGUCUCGGGCGCUUCAACCGCCGCCUGCUCAAGGAGCUGCCGGUCGACCGGCGCUGCUACGGCCAAGCGGCGCUGGAUGGAGUCCACCGGCUGUACGCGGAGCGCAGCUACCACGGGCUGCUGGAGAAGGCUAUUGAGAAGGACUUGGAUGAGAUCCGCGAGCAGCGCGACGCGGACGCGGAGAAGAAAACGAAUAAAGGUGGAAAAGCAAAAACGCCAAAAGACGAAGGCCUCCUCGACGGACAACUGCGCGAGGAGGUCCUUCUGGCGCGCGAGAGGCUAAAGCUGUGGCACGCUUACCGCCGCGAAGUGGCGAUUCCGUCUCUCAAGUCGCGUCUUCCAGAUCCGGCAUCGGUGUGGGAGAUCGCAGAGUUCGGGCUGCAGAACGAGGCGUUCGCGACGCAGGUGCUCUACGAGAUCUGGGAGCAGCUGAAGAAGCAAACGCGCUUCAACGUCCUCGUCGCAGUUGAUGAAUGGAACGAGUGCUUUCCCGUCAGCGAGUAUGUAUCGAUGCGGUACGAGGGGACGCGGUACAACGGACACAUUCCUGCGUUUCAUCUCUCCACGCCGCGGCUACUCUCGCGAUUCGACCAAGCUGAGCAGUUCAAGCGCGGCUUGAAACUCUGCGCAACCAGCUGGCGGCGCUCGAACCGCCGGGACUACAGGCCAGAGCUCCUCGGCGUCCGGGAGGACGAAAUUCGAACUGUGCGCAACUUCUCUCCGUUCGAGUUCGCGAACUUCGUCGCGUACUACCACAAGAAAAAAAUUCUUCACGAAUUCCCGCAAGAGAAACUCGAAUACUUCUACAUGCUUUCCGGCGGGAACGGAUUCCAAGCGCGGCGGCUGCUGGCGUCUCUGUACUAG